AUGGAUAUUGAAGGAGAAGGUGACCUAGUUCCUUGGAAUUCAAUUUCACCAAAACAUUGUGGCAUCGUCCACAAAGAGAAAACCGAAAAGUUUUUUUCACAUUUAUUUGUUUUACAAAACAAUGAAUUUAACAAUAAUAACUUUGAUAUUGAAUUGGUCGAAAUUAAUAUUGACCAAUUGUCACAAUUCAUUGAAGAAUUUGUUGCUGCAGAAAAUCAAGAAUUUGAAUUAAAUGUCUUAUUUGAUAUUAAUGGAGAAAUGAAUUCGGUUUCUCAAGUUGCUAAAAAAUUACAUGAAAUUAUUGAAAAUAGUGACGGUUAUAAAUGGAAUCAAUCUGCAAUUUUAAAUGAUUUUAAGGAUUCUAAUAGAAAACAAAUGUUAAGAUUCGAAUGUAAUGAGCAAAUUAUUAUUUGUGUCAAUAUGAUUGAUUCUAAAGCUUAUAUCAAGUGUAAACACCUGUUUAAUCAUGAGCAACCUGCUAUAUCUACUGGUGUUCCAAAAGAAAUAAUUACUGAAAUACAACAAAAUUGUCAUCUUGAUCCUUUACAACUUCAUUUUUAUUUAUCAGCAUAUUUUGAUUUAAAGGAUAUUACGUCUAAACAAAUUUAUUAUUGGUGGAUUAUUUCAAUUCAAUCAAAGUAUCAAAAGCAUAAAAAUCCUAUUCAAUCUGCUAUUCUUUUACUUCAAGAACAAUUUCAAAAUUGUCAAUUAUUAAUAUCAAUUAAUAAUAAUACUUUGACUGCAAUUGCUUUUUCAACACCAAAUUUUCAAUAUCUAAAAAGUGUUAAAGAAAUUCAUAUUGAUGCAACAUAUAAAACAUCGAAGGGGCAUUUUGAGUUAUAUGGAAUUAUUGGAGAAUAUCAAGGAACAGGAUUUGCUUUAGGUUAUCUAAUUUUAGAUAUUCAAACUAAUAAUGGAUUAGAAUUAUCUAAAUCAGAAAUUUUAACUUAA